GAUAUCCGACCACAGCCAGGCAGUGCCCUUUUCAUCUCACUCCUUGACAGCGUCACUUGAGAGUAACAGAAAAUAAUGGAAGACAAACGCAAAAAGCAGCCCAAAGUGUCUCUCCCUCAGCCCCCACCUCCUCCCAUCAACCCCCGUAAACUCUCUGUCCUUCCUGCCAGCAAAAGUGCCACCUUCUCACUGGGCCUUCCGCAGCCUCCCUCCCCCAAAAACAGAAGCAAGUAUAAGAGGUCCAUAGGGGCACCAGGACAACCCAAAGAGGUGCUAGCAGCCGUCGUAGCGCCACCAAAGACCACCAGGCCACACAAAGAAAAGCCCAGGGCCCCCCAGCCGGCCGGGCCCAGUAAAGUAGUCCAGUCCUCUCCCCUGCAGCACUCCUUUCUCACAGAUGUCUCAGAUGUGAGAGAGAUGGAGGGAGGGCUCCUCAACCUCCUCAACGACUUCCACUCAGGCAAACUACAGGCUUUCGGUAAGGUGUGCUCCUUUGAGCAGCUGGAGCAUGUGCGUGAGAUGCAGGAGAAGCUGGCAAGGUUACACUUCAGCCUUGACAGCCAUGUGGAGGAGCUUUCAGAGGACCAGAGGAAAUGUGCAUCUGACCACAACCUGGAACACCUGCUCUGCAAUCUGGAGGAGCUCAGCACCUCAAUACAAAAGCUCCACUUGGCUGAGAACCAGGACCUGCCCAAAACAUCUGGUCCCUGACGAGUGAGGUGUGAAGGACGCAGCCGCUCAUUUACUCACAACAUAAAACCAGUACAGGUUGCCAUGGCAUCGAUCCAGCUGCCUUAGUAACAGAGUGGAAAGAUCCACAGGAGAAGGGGCUAUUUUUCCAUUGGGUCAGUGAAGCUGCGGGAGCAAUACAGUGACGCCAAGCAUUUAAUGAACAGUCAUGCAAAAUCAUAAAUCCCCCACUCAUAGCACAAGAAACAAAGGCGUUUGCUAUAGUUUUCAUAAGAUUACAGUUUGCUGGCGUUAAAUAAAUCAGCUCUGGUUAAUUAGUUACAUAAUCCGGUUACAAAAAACUGAGACGUAGAAUGUUUAGUUUUCAUGGUCAUUUCAGUUUAUGUUUCAAAAAACAUAUGACAUGGGAAUGGAAAAAAUACUCUUGUGGUUCUGUUAACUUUACAUUUACUGUCUGGUGAUUUUAGAAGAUAUUUUCCCCAGUUGGUUAAGGAUAGGAACAUUUAGCCAUUCUUAAAGUAGCAAACAUUUGGCCCUUUCUCGACAAAACCACUGUGUUAAACUCAGAAGUUUUAAGGGAGUUUUCACUUUUGCUAUUAUUCUGGAUGCACUCCCUCAUUUUUAUAUUUUUACUAAAAGUUUAAUACUGGACAACAGGAGGGAUUUAAUAAAACCUGGGUUACUCUUCAUUAUAACUGUGCAUUUGAAAGUGACUGGACUUUGUGAUGAGAAUGUACAAAAUGUGUUUAAUUUACAUGUAAAACGGUCACUAUGACUCUUUGCCAAUGUGCGUACAGCUACUGUAUUUGUCCACAGAAGAUUUAAUAUGUAUGAAGGAUUGUGUCUGCUUAUUGAUAUUUUUUUAUUUUGGUGUUUUUUCCUGAGGGCUGAGAUCACGUCAAUCCAAGCACAAGCUGGCAAAACUCUGCUACUUGAAAAGCUGUAAAACCACCUACUGUAGCAUGUAGUUUAUAGGAUGUCUGUUCAGUCAGAUGGGAAGAAUUGACUUGCCUCUUAUGACACUGUCCUAGAUAGCACAUUCAGAGUAAUGUGGCAGGCAUUCCAGCCUGUACAAUACCAUGUAAAACGGCAGCUACUUUCAUAGUUACAAGAUUAGGGAUGAGAUUAUUAACUUGUAUUUUAUCUUCAGUUAAACAUUAGUGCUCAUCUUGAAAAAAAAUCACUGGUCAAUCGGAAACGUGUCAAAGCCUGUUGUGGGAAACUGAGGCAUUUUAGAUUUCAAUAUUAAAAGUAUGAUUAAACAUUGUCUUCUUUUGCACUGCUAUGCCUACCUCUUUCCUAAGCCCCUGGCCUGGAUAUCAGGACCUGUCAGUCAUUUUUCUUUUCUAUUUUACAUGCUAAGAGAUAAUUCGACACAAGACUCAGCUUGUAAGCUUUAAACAUGAUUUAGGGAGGGAAGAACUGUGUGAAGAACAUCUUGUGUGUGUUCAGUAAUCAUACCCAUCAAUAAAGGCAAAAAUUUAGGAAAA